AUGGUCGCAACCCAGAAGCUGUACCCUCGUGGGACAGUCAAGCGCAUUGUGAAGGCUCACUCCAAUCGAAGUGUCAGCAAGAACGCAGACAUUCUGAUCUUCCUUGACUAUAUGCUGUUCAUGCAAGAACUGAUGCGCGAGGCUUCCAUUCGGUCGCGCAAGUCUGGCGAGAAGAAUAUCAGUGCAAACUCUGUUCGCAAAGUCACCGAGAAAACCCUUCGAAAGUUCCAGGGAUAA